AUUCACAAUAAAGGUGUCUAUUUCAAAAUCGGUUUGCGUAAAAUGAUCAAUCGAACCGCGUGCAAAGAUUUACAUAAACAAAUUGUUGUGGUCGCGGACGGAAAUAUUGUCAUGUUGCCCCCAAUCGAAGGCCUCAUUGUAUUGAACAUUCUCUCCUGGGGCGGUGGAGCCAAUCCAUGGGGUGUGGAAAAGGAUGAUGUGUUCGCGAAACCGACACACUACGACGGUCUGUUGGAAGUGGUCGGUAUAUCCGGUGUCGUGCAUAUGGGUCAAAUCUACUCGGGUCUGGGCACCGGAAUCCGUCUGGCUCAGGCGGGUCACUUGAAAAUUCUGCUCAAAACAGAGCUUCCCAUCCAAAUUGACGGUGAACCGUUCAUUCAUCCGGCUGGUCAAAUUGUGGUACUUCGUUCUGCGUUGCGGGUAAGUAUUAAAUUGUCUAAUCGUGUCGUGUCAUGUCGUGUCUGUGAUCAAACUGUGCAAUGCACUAUAGCUGUUUUACCUCAGGCUCGCUGGUUCGGAGUUUCGAACCCUACCACUAUCGCCCAACUUGCAUGA